AUGGUUGCCGUACGGCAGGCCCAGGCCCCGCCGGAGCGGCUCUUCAACAACCUCGACGACCGGCCCUACACUCCCUCCUCUCCUCUCUUCCGCCCCUACAGCCUAGUCGACGACAUCCUACGCAAGACCCAGUACCUAUACGCCCUCGUCCUCCUCGUCACCUUUGUCACUCUGGCAGCGUGGUAUAGCGUCUACAAUGCCAAGAAGGAGGACAUCAUCAUCCAGUCCCAUGUCAAGGGACCCGGGGGCAAGCCCUUACCCAUCACCAAGCGCAAGAAGCGGGACAGCCAAGAGCGCAAGAUCGGGCCUCACUUUGGCUUUGCUGCCAAGAAUGUCUUCCGCUACCUUGCUGCCAUGGUCUUCUUCACCUACUUCGGGAGCGGCGCGUCCAUGUUCGUCCACGCCUUCCGCUACGAUGACCCGUACAAGUGGUCUAGGGAGGGUCUUCCGUGGGCCGGUGAAUCGAGCGUUGUCAAUGUCACGGGUGCCACCUUCUUCUACCUGUACAUGUUCGUCUCCCUCUUCGACUGGCGAAAGGGUCCCAACGUCGUGCACCUUGUCGUCUGGUGCAUGGGUCUGGUGGGCGAACUCACUAUGUCGUUCUCGACCUUCAUUGCCGCCUCCGAGUGCCACUUCAAACGCGUAGUCGUGGCAGACGGCGACCGAGACGACGACUCAUCUGACUGCGUCGACUACUGGACCAGGAUCGACUUGUUCCUAUACUUUGUGCGCAUGCUGCAUCUUUUGGCGUUGAUCUCCCUCUUCUCCCUGGCAUGGCUGCUGAAGAUCCGCCGGAGAGCCGACGAGAAGCUCGAGAAUGGAAGUGCCGCUGCCGAGUCGACGCCGCUGCUCAACGGGUCAAGGAGGUCAUACGACACACACGGCACCAAUGGUAAUGGGAACGCCAACGCGAGCGCCAAUGCCAACGAGACGACCAUCGGCGGGAAGCAGAGACGGUCAAUGUCCAAUUCUGUCAAGCCGGCGAGUUCUGGCUCCGGCUGUAACGACGACCAUGCUGCCUUUUACCGCCCCUCUAAGCUACCACGCAAGACGUGGUGGGAGUACCUGAGGGGAUACUCCCUCUUCUUUCCCUACCUGUGGCCCAAGGACAGCUUCAAGCUCCAGAUGCACGUCAUGUCCUGCUUCGUUCUCAUCAUGCUGCAGCGCCUCGUCAACGUGGCAGUACCUACCCAGAUCGGUGCUGUUGUCAAUGACCUCGAAUCUAUCAUCAAGAGCGUCAAGGCUGGCGACCCGCUGACCAUUUCUGUCUUUCCCAUCAAGAAUUUCCUCAUACUUGGCUUCCUCUGGACUCUGCAGGGACAGUCGGGCCUGCUUGGGGCCUUCCGGUCGCUCCUCUGGAUCCCCGUGUCCCAGCACUCGUAUCGCGGCCUGACGACGGCGGCCUUUAACCACGUCCACUCGCUCAGUCUCGACUUUCACCUGUCCAAACGCACGGGCGAGGUCCUCUCGGCCCUCAACAAAGGGUCUGCCAUCAACCAGUUCCUCGAGCAGGUGACCUUCCAGGUAUUCCCCAUGCUCUUCGACCUUUUCCUGUCCAUCUCGGUCUUCUACGUCAAGUACGGGGCCCUCUACGCCGAGAUCAACAUGGUGGACACAUGCUGGUACCUGUACAUGACCAUCAAGAUGGCGUCGACCCGUGCCGACCAGCGACGAGAGAUGACCAAUGCGGACCGCGAGGAGGAAGCGGUGAAGAACGACUCCAUCUCUAGUUACGAGACGGUCAAGUACUUCAACGCCGAGGACUUUGAGUCCGGUCGCUACAGCGACAAGGUUGGCACCUUCCAGUCGGCCGAGGCCAAGGUCCAGCUGGGCAUGGUCAUGAUGAACAUUUGUCAAGCCAUCGUCUUCAACCUCGGCCGUAUCACGGCUGCCAUCAUCUGCGGCUGGCAGGUGGCAGUGGGCCUUCGUACUACGGGUGACUGGUUCACCGUCGUCUCGUACCUGACGCAGCUGCAGGGGCCCCUCAACUUUUUCGGGACAUUCUACCGCACUGUGCAGCAGGCCAUGAUCUCUGGCGAGAGGCUGCUGGAGCUCUUCAAGAUCCAGCCGACGGUGGUGGACACGCCGAAUGCUAAGCCCCUCGAGAAUUUCCAGGGCCACAUCAAGUGGGAUAACGUCAGCUUCUCCUACGACCGCCGCCGCCCGGCCCUUCGCAACGUGAGCUUCGAGUGCCUCCCGGGAACGACGACGGCCUUCGUGGGCGAGUCUGGCGGAGGCAAGUCCACACUGUUCCGGCACAUGUUCCGGUACUACGACUGCGACGAGGGCACUAUCGAGCUGGACGGCAAGAAUGUCAAGGACCUGACGAUACAGUCUGUGCGGCGCCACAUUGGCGUCGUCCCCCAGGACACCACCCUGUUCAACGAGUCCCUCAUGUACAAUCUCAAGUACGCCAACCCCGACGCCACCGAGAAGCAGGUCCAAGAUGCGUGCAGGGCCGCGAGCAUCCAUGACCGCAUCAUGUCCUUCCCUGAUGCGUACCACACGCAGGUGGGCGAACGCGGGCUACGACUCAGCGGCGGCGAGAAGCAGCGCGUCGCCAUUGCCCGGACCAUCCUCAAGGACCCCAAGAUCAUCAUGCUCGACGAGGCUACGUCGGCCCUGGACACGCACACGGAGCAGGAGAUUCAGGACAAUGUGUGGAAGAUUGGUGAGGGCCGCACCCUUCUCAUGAUUGCGCACCGCCUCUCGACAAUCACCCACGCCGACCAGAUCAUCGUUCUCCACGCGGGCACUGUUGUGGAGAGGGGCACCCACGAUGACCUCCUGGCCAAGAAGGGCCGGUACGCGUCCAUGUGGGAGAAGCAGAUCCGUGCAGAGAGGGCCCUCGACGCCGCGCGCGAGGCCCACCUCAAGGCUGCUCGAGCCAUGAGGAGAGCCAACAUGGGCAUCAGCAACAGCCAGGGCAGCUCGUCUAGCUGCGCGGGAGGCUCCAAUGAUGGCGAGGCGGAUGCGCAGUGUCACAGCGGCGAGCAGACUUCUGCGUCUUCGGCCGGGUCAGCGACCGGUUCGGACACGGACUCCACGCUUUCUGACGAGCGAGACGAUGGGGGAGCCGAGUCAGACAGCCGACAGGGACGAUGA